UGUCUAGGCAGCAAAGGACAGGCUCUCCCCUUGGGGCGGGCUCGUGACCUGCGCGCUGGGUUGUCUCAGUUGCAGGAAAUCGUCUUUAAGAACUCCUACACGGCUUUCCUGACUGUGCGAGUGCAGCGGCGCCGUCCCUGUGAUGUGGGGCGUGCCAGCGCCAGGAAGUGGGUCACCUGCUUGUGGAAUCACUGCCUGAUGCCCAGCCCACACACAGAGGCCGGCUCCCAGGAUUACUUCUCUCUCUUCAGGCAUCAGCCGCCCCAUGGCGACCCGCCCAGCCCCGUGCACCGUCCGCAGCCCUGUGGUUCUGCAGGUGGGAGAUGUGAAGACGGACCUGGCUCGGCCUGGCGUGGCCGUCAUUGAUGUGGCCUUGCCCCCCGCCCAGCCCCUGGAUUUGCAGGAAAUCGUCUUUAAGAACUCCUACACGGCUUUCCUGACUGUGCGAGUGCAGCGGCGCCGUCCCUGUGAUGUGGGGCGUGCCAGCGCCAGGAAGUGGGUCACCUGCUUGUGGAAUCACUGCCUGAUGCCCAGCCCACACACAGAGGCCGGCUCCCAGGAUUACUUCUCUCUCUUCAGGCAUCAGUUGCUGUGUGAUGUGGAUCAGGUGACUGCCGUGCGUUUGAUUCUUCGCCAGCCCUCGCCCGUUUGGCUGCACUUCACCCUGGAGGAGCUGCGGCUCUACCCCAGGGGCCAGCAGAGCCUGCAGACAGACUUCCCGUCCUGGCUGUCCCACCUGGCCCCCCAGCAGCAGCCAGAAAACCUGCAUGGGGGUGUCCCCGACCCGGAAAAGGUGUCUACAGAAGUCCAGCAGCUGUGGGUACUAACAGAGAUGAUCCGCGCUAACCAGACGGCAGCCCGAAUCGGGCGUUUUGACGUUAGUUUCCAGUUAGCUCUGUUCAUUGCCCACAGGGGCUGGCCCCCUGCUCUGGGCUUGCUGUGUGGCCCGGCGUGCACCGAAGGGGCAGGAUGUAUUUUGGGCACUGCAGCAUCUGCUGUCAUCCUGAGCUGCUCCCAGCUGGCCAUGCUGUACGAAAUGCCAUCAAACUGCUGGGAAAGCUCCUGAGGGUUCCCGGUUCAGGAGUAUUGGAGGUGGAUGGCUGUUACGACAUCAAUCUGCUCUCCUACACCUGAGCUCUGGCCCAGGCUGGCUGCCCUGAACUUGCCAUCUGCACAGCACGUUUCCUUCAUUGCUGAUCAGAGUCUGCCUCAGCUCUCCCAAGCCAAGAGGGUUGUUUUCUCUCCCUCCCUGUUCUGUGCUCCCUCAGCCUCCCCCACAGCAUCUCCUGGGCUUCUUGGCUCCUUGGUGCUGGCCAGAUUCCUCCGUCUGCAUCUCCUUGGGGCCUGCGGACUUCCUCUUCUCCUGGCACUGCAUAAGCUCCCUGUUCUGGGCCUGGCAGGCAUGUCCCCCAGCCUCCUGAUCAAAUCACAUUGCAGGUGUUUGGCAGAGCACACACACACACCCCCCCCCGGGAAUUUCAGACGAAUCCUGCUUCCAGUGAGAUCUGGGGUGCCAAUAAUCCUGGGGUGGGCAAAGCUCAAGGGAUGUGCUGGGCUCUGGGAACAGAGUUACUGCCCUGAAUAUUGCACCAGAGCCCUGCCCCUCCGAGCUUGGAGCUGCCUGGGGCUCAGCGUGGGGCUGGUGUGCUGCAGGCAUGGGACAGGGAAGGGACUGUGAUGUUCCCUGUUUCUUGCCAUUGCCCAUGGCAGUGCAGUGGGAGGUGCUACCCAAAAGCCACAGGGCUACUUUGGCAGUUUUUUUCUGUUCUCCCUGUUCUGGUAGGGUACAGGGCUGGGGCCCUACUACCUUCCCUUCAUGGUAGUGGGGCUGCAGGGGCAUGGCGAGGGGGGAGGAAGGACUGUCGGUUGGAGCCUUCCUGGCUGUGGAUUUUAGCAAGGUUGCAGGACUCAGAGCCUGGGAUGGGGAGAGCUGUCUGUGGGCUCUUGGGAGCCUCAGCACCAAUGGCAAUCAAAGUAUGCUACCGCAGAACACAGUCCAGACACCCCCCAUCGCUCCCAGCCUGGGAUUGAGUGUGGGAUCCCCAUUGUCUCCCAGCCCCAAUUGGCUCCUGACCCAUAAAUGUGCAAACUCUGUGAAGAUGGGCAGCUUGUCACCUAGCCCCUCUGAUAGCCCCAGGGUGCUCCCAGAUGCUCACUUCCAAUCAUGGAGUAAAUAGCAGCCACACAGAAGAGAUUUGAACUUUUGGUCUCCUGGAUCCCAGCCUGGAGCACCUUCCCCCGGGCCCCUGGAUCAUGGCCUGGAGGCUCCCCCCCCCCCCCCCAAUACACACACACACACCAGGUACUGGGGGUUGUCUCUCUCUCUCUCCUGCAGUGCUGGGCAAGAUUCCCAGCAGCCCUGUGUGCUGCUCCUGAGCACCCAGUCCCUUGGUAACACGGGUGUGGGCUGGUUCGCGGGCUCAUGGGCCUGCUCAAAAAAGCAGGGGAUGGGGUGUGUCUUGGGAACCGCUGCAGCAACCGAGCCCCACUUUGUGCCAUUAACUCUCCCAGGAGGUGCAGUGGAGAGUGCUGACACCUGACGUGGGACAAUGGCAUGACUGCCACUUUCCCUGGUAUUCAGGGCAGUGGCAGGAGGUGAACACCUGGCCUCUCCCCAUGUUCUCUCCAAGGGGGCUGGAGUAGCUUGCACCUUCCAGCCUUCGCCACAUGUAACCUUGCGCCUACCCUGGGAAUGGCUGGCCCCAGCAUCUGUCUGGGAACCGAGGUCCAGAGAGACUUGCCCAGGGUCACAUAAGGAGUUUGUAGCAGAACUGGGACAUGAGCCCUGGUCUCCUGAAUGCCAGCCUGGUGCCCUCUCCCUGGGCCAUCUUUCCUGGCCACGUGCUUCCUUCCAUCCUUCCUGGCUGCAUGUGGCUGGGCUGGCCUGAGUAGGACAUGGGUCUUGGGCUGUAGCCAGCCAUGCUGUUCCCUCCAACAGUCACUGUGCCCAUGGGGAUCUGACCCCUAUUCUGCCUGUCCCCACGGGGGGGAUGCAUCAUGCAUUUGCUGGAUCUGCACCCAGCUGCUCUAAUAAACAACCCCCAAAGCUGA